AUGAAGCGGACUCCGUACUUGUAUCAAAAUCAGCAGGUAAUUUCGACGGGUGUGUACAGUCCUUCUUCCAAUGUCACUGACAUAUAUGCUGAAAGGAAGGAUGGUCAGAAUGAUACUGAAAUAAACGUGGAAAUUGAGGAUGGCCGGAAUGUUACUGACAUUAACGUUGAAAGCGAGGAUGAUGAGAAUGUUGCUGACAUAAACGUUGAAAGGAACGAUGGUCGGGAGCCAUUUGGAAAAGCCGCGCCGUAUUGUACAGAUCAAUGCAAGGAAAAAGACUGCCUGGAACAGUGCACCUUUGAUGAAGAGACAAGAUGCGAUGCAGUUUUUUGCAGCAGCUACAAUGAAACUGAUUGA